AUCUCCUGAGGAAUCCAAAGCCAUGGAGUAAAUUAAAAUCGGGCCGAGAAACUUUCAGAAGGAUGUGGAAGUGGCUGAAUGAGCCUGAGUAUCAAAGGAUGUCUUCUCUCCGUCUGGCCACAUGCAAGCGCAAAUCGGAAGAAAGCCAAAAGCCACCUGACGAAAAGACCUCCAAAAAACCUCGUUUAGUCUUUACCGAUAUUCAGCGGCGAACUUUACAUGCCAUUUUCAAAGAAACAAAGCGUCCCAGUAAAGAAAUGCAGACAACUAUUGCACAGCAAUUAAAUCUUGAGGUUUCUACGGUCGCAAAUUUUUUUAUGAACGCACGCCGGAGAUCUUUGGACAAAUGGCAGGAUGAUAAAGAGGUGGCGAGUAACACUAGUGUCGGAGGUGCACCGCCUAAUCACCAAGCCACCGCUUCUUCUUCUCCGGCUCGAAGCAUGGAAGAAAAUGGUAGCUCUCCUAAUCACUCUUCGCAGCAUGCACAUCAUGAUUCUCAGCUUUCAUCAGAUCCACCGAUUCUCCAUCCAGCUCAUGAGGGCUUGGAUUCCGCGGAUCUUCAGCCACAUCCGUCUCAACUUGGGUCUUUUAAUCCCAACUCGGGUAUUCAGCAACAUCACCAGCAUCACGAUCUUGACUCAGUUACUGUGCUUAACUCGACUAGCGGUGGUCUUUUAGAACGUCAUUCGACAGCAAUUGGUGGAUUGCCUCCACCUUCUCCAGCUCCUCCUCAGUUGACUGCGGAUAAUGACCCCCACCAUCAGACUACUGUCGUGGUGACUUCAACAGGCGUGAUUGUGACUAGUCCCUCAAUAAUUUCACCAUCAUCUCUUGACCCUUCCCCUAUCUCCAUAUUAUCUGGAGUCAAUUUGAAUCAAUCUUCCGGUUCUAUUUUGUUGGGAACUAUCAACGCUGCUGGCACCUCUUCCAUCAAUACUUCUGUAACGCAACCACCCAUUCUCGAUCCUGUUGGCCCUCCAACUUCGCAUCAGCUGGUCCAAUCAGCUCAUAGGGAUCCUUUAAGUUUAGAUCCUAAUCAUCAUGCACUCUCUCAGAUUUCUGAUUCACUACCUAAUAUCCGGUCUACUAUAAGAACUCUUCAGGCUCCGACUAACGCCGCAUUAGCUGCAUCAUCGCUUCGGUCAGUUCUUCCUUCUGCUGCAACUUUGAUUGGUCAUGACCGGGGGAAUGGCCUUCUGCAUGUGUCUUCUACGACCAUGUCUUUACCAAAUUCGUCGACACUCCAAACUGCAGGCCUUACCCAGCUCAGGCCAAUGAAGCCAGAACCUCCUGGAGCUGGAGCAAAUGACCUUCUUUUGCUUAGCAUCAAUAUAAAUCCAGAUGGAGAAUGA